AUGGAGCCAACUGAGGCGCAGCGCAAUACUCGCUUCGAAAUAGAGGAACUGUUUAUCCACGCCAAGGUUUGCGUUCAGGAGCAACUUGGACCAGACGCUAACAGCACCGGCAUUCAUGAAUCUACGGUUAAUUUUGGGCACACAUCUGCAGUUAAGCUCCCGCGCUUAUCAUUGCCGACAUUUGACGGCAAAUACUGCGAGUACCAAAACUUUAUCUUGUCGUUUAACCAAGUUAUUGGCCACCAGCCAUCCAUGUCUAAGAUCGAGAAGUUCAACCAGUUGUUAAACUGUCUUCGAGGACCAGCCCUUGAAACGGUUCGAGCUUUCCAGGUGACCGCAGACAACUACACAAAGGCUCUGGACCGCUUAAAGCAGCGCUAUGACAACCCGACUCUCGUAUUUUUGGAUAACAUAUCGUCACUCUUCGCAUUGCCAACUGUCGCCAAGUCAAAUGGUCAGCAGUUGCGCAGCCUAAUCGAUAAUGCAUCCGCAUUAUACAACUCGUUGCGUUCGUUGAGCACCGAGCCACAGAUUUGCGAGGCCAUGCUCAUCUCCAUAGUUAUGGGCAAAGUGGACCAGGAGACUAAGAGGAAGUGGAAUAAGUCGCUGGACUACACUACGUUGCCUUCGUGGGACAAAUGCGUUGGAGUCGUUGAACGUCAUUGUCAAUAUUUGGAAUCGGAUAAGAAGCCUCCUGCUGAAGCCCCUAUGAGUCAACCAGGUGGCCAUAGGUCGCGCUCGCAGAGGAAUCAGGCAACGCAGGUGCCGGCUAUACUCAAGGGUCUCCCGCCGCAUCAUUGGACAUCGUUGGACAUCCUCCAAGAAGCCAUAGAGCAGAUGGAGCCAACUGAGGCGCAGCGCAAUACUCGCUUCGAAAUAGAGGAACUGUUUAUCCACGCCAAGGUUUGCGUUCAGGAGCAACUUGGACCAGACGCUAACAGCACCGGCAUUCAUGAAUCUACGGUUAAUUUUGGGCACACAUCUGCAGUUAAGCUCCCGCGCUUAUCAUUGCCGACAUUUGACGGCAAAUACUGCGAGUACCAAAACUUUAUCUUGUCGUUUAACCAAGUUAUUGGCCACCAGCCAUCCAUGUCUAAGAUCGAGAAGUUCAACCAGUUGUUAAACUGUCUUCGAGGACCAGCCCUUGAAACGGUUCGAGCUUUCCAGGUGACCGCAGACAACUACACAAAGGCUCUGGACCGCUUAAAGCAGCGCUAUGACAACCCGACUCUCGUAUUUUUGGAUAACAUAUCGUCACUCUUCGCAUUGCCAACUGUCGCCAAGUCAAAUGGUCAGCAGUUGCGCAGCCUAAUCGAUAAUGCAUCCGCAUUAUACAACUCGUUGCGUUCGUUGAGCACCGAGCCACAGAUUUGCGAGGCCAUGCUCAUCUCCAUAGUUAUGGGCAAAGUGGACCAGGAGACUAAGAGGAAGUGGAAUAAGUCGCUGGACUACACUACGUUGCCUUCGUGGGACAAAUGCGUUGGAGUCGUUGAACGUCAUUGUCAAUAUUUGGAAUCGGAUAAGAAGCCUCCUGCUGAAGCCCCUAUGAGUCAACCAGGUGGCCAUAGGUCGCGCUCGCAGAGGAAUCAGGCAAGUCUGUCCUUCAAUUGCACCACACAAACUUGUAACAUCUGUUCACAGACAGACCACAAGACCUUUAGAUGCCCAGAACUAAUCAAUCUCGCCCUAGAUAAUCGCCUCAAUGCAAUAAAGCGCCACAAGCUAUGCAUUAAUUGCCUUGGCAGGGGUCAUCUUGUAGCCAACUGCCCGUCGACGCGGAGGUGCCACUCAUGUGCACUACCGCAUCACUCGCUGCUUCAUCGGCCAUCGCCAGGAUCGGCCGCAGCUCCCUUGCCACUCCCUCAAGCGGAGCCUGUACAAGUUUCGGACGCAGUCGCGCAUACUCACACGGAGUCUCGUUCCGACUGUGUCAUUCUGGCCACGGCACUGAUUCUGGUCAAGGAUGCAUCUGGAAGCUACAAAAUAGGAAGAGCGCUUCUGGAUUCAUGUUCUCAGGUGAAUUUCAUAUCCGAGGAGUUUGCUCAAAGACUUCGACUGCCACGGAGCAAGCUCAACCUCGAGAUUCGUAGCAUUGGUGAGACACAAACGCGAAUUAAACACCAUGCAACCACCAAUAUCAAGUCGAGGCACAAUGGAUUCGAGUUGCUCCUUGAUUUUUGCGUGACAUCCCACAUUGCCUAUCAUCCAGAAUCGGAAAUUGACAUUUCUGCGUGGAACUUUCCGCAGCACUCAUCUCUUGCUGACGAGAGCUUUAACAAGUCUCGUCGGAUCGAUCUGCUUUUGGAGACGGAAACCUUCUUCGAUAUAUUGGCAGUCGGCCAAGUUAAAUUAGGAAAGGAUCUGCCCGUACUACAAAAAACACUACUUGGAUGGAUAGUGUCUGGUCGAUGUCGAGCUCAUCCCAGAACACUCCAUCAGUACUCAUCUAUCGCAUUAACAGAAAUUGACCAAAAAAUGGAACGGCUAUGGCGCAUCGAUUAUGUGGAGCCUCCUGAGAUCACACUUACGCCAGAGCAGCGAAACUGUGAGGAGUUCUACACCAAAACGGUAAGACGUAAUUCAGAUGGUCGAUUGGAAGUACGACUUCCAUUUAAAGAUGAACCUACCGUUCUCGGAGCCUCAUUCGACAUUGCCAAAAGGAGAUUCCUCUCCCUCGAACGCAGCCUAUGCAAAAGGCCUGAGGUAGGGGCCAAAUAUGUUGAAUUUAUGCAGGAGUUUCAAAAUCUGGGACACAUGAGUCCCGUGAGCCAUCCACAGUUAAACACUCCGCAUUAUUAUAUUCCGCACCACUGCGUGCUCAAGCCUAAUAGCACAUCAACAAAGCUCAGAGUGGUUUUCGACGCAUCCUGCAAGACGACGUCCCAGAAAUCGCUCAACGACAUUCUGAUGGUCGGGCCGACCAUUCAGCCAGAUCUUUAUACACUACUCCUGCGUUUUCGGAUACAUCGCUAUGCCAUCACUGCUGAUGUGGUCAAGAUGUUCCGCCAAGUCAACAUGUUUGCCGAGGAUCGCAGAUUCCAAUACAUUCUUUGGAGAGCGUCGCCAUCGCAACCAUUGAGCACCUUCGAAUUGAAUACUGUAACUUAUGGCACAGCGGCUGCACCGUAUCUAGCCAUACGCAGUUUGUCAUAUCUAGCCGACAAAUUCAUGGACAAAUUGGAGAUUGGAGCUAAAGCCAUCAAAUCGUCUUUCUAUGUGGAUGACUUCCUAGGUGGAGCGGAUACGUUUGUCGAUGACGCUACAGUCAAACAUUUGCAGUUGGACGACGAAAUGCUAACCAGCACGCUUGGCCUAAAGUGGGACCAAGUACGGGACACAUUCAUGUUCUCGUUCUCGCCAAGAUUCGAUUCGGACCACGUCACCAAGCGCUCGAUUUUGUCCAUAGCCUCUUCGCUGUUUGAUCCGUUGGGAUUAGUUACUCCCAUCAUCAUAGUGGCAAAAAUUAUCCUCCAGGAGCUGUGGCUCCUAAAACUACAUUGGGACGAGUCAGUACCCCAAGGCAUUCAUACAGCUUGGAUGUCCCUGCUUGCAUCGCUUUCGUCGUUGGAGUCUGUAGCAAUACCACGAUAUUGCCUCCAAUCAGCGAUACAUACCUUUCAAAUACACGGCUUUUGUGACGCCUCCAUUCGAGCGUAUGGAUGCUGCAUCUACGCUCGCACAAUCGGAUCAGAUGGGCUGACCAAGGUACAGCUAAUCACAUCGAAGUCCAGAGUUGCUCCCACCAAGAAGCUAUCUCUGCCGAAAUUAGAACUGUGUGGAGCACAUUUGUUAGCACAGCUCUACAAAAAAAUCAUUAGAAUCUUCGCUGACAGAAAGCCGACUUCGUUCUUAUGGUGCGAUUCUCAAAUUGUUCUACAUUGGAAUCGCCAACACUCGGCCACCUUAUCAACCUUUGUCGGCAAUCGAAUUGCCGAAAUUCAAGAACUCACGUCAGAUUGCCACUGGAAACAUGUUCCUACUCACUGCAACCCGGUUGAUAUCUUGUCCAGGGGCUGCACUAUCACCGAGUUGGAACAAUCGAUAUGGUUCGAGGGACCUGAGUUCCUAGGCCAAGAUCAUCAACAUUGGCCAAAGGACAGUCGAGACAACAGUGACAUUGAUAUGGAAACUGUCCAACUGGAGAAGAGAAAAUCAGCCUUUGCCGUACACACGACUAGUAAUCAACUACUUGAAGGAAUCUACAAGAUCAGUUCGCAUCAUCGCUGCCUACUAGUUAUCGCUUGGGUGUACAGAUUUACUCAGCGCUGCCGUAAACUAACGCCAUUCCAAUCACCUUCGCCGACGCCAGCAGAACUGAUGCGGGCGCUACAUUGCAUCGUCUGGAAUAUUCAAACUAUUCACUUCGCUCAAGAGAUGUCCUCGGUCCUGAAGGGCCAUCCGAUUCGCACUAACCUUAAAAAUCUUAGUCUCUUCCUCCAGGUUACAGAUGGCUUCCAAAUGCUAAAGGUCGGAGGGCGCCUGGAGCUAGCAGACUACCCAAAAACCCAAAAGCAUCCUGUGCUGCUCCCAGCUAAGGAUCCAUUUGUGUCACAGUUCGCUCGCCAUCUUCAUCUACAGAACUAUCACGCCGGGCCACGGACGCUCGUCGCUUUAAUUAGAAAACAGUUCUGGAUAGUGAAUGCAAGGGACUUGGCGCGACAAGUCGUUCGCUCAUGUAUACAUUGUCGCCGCUAUCGACCAACUCUCGAAAGGCAGCUAAUGGGCCAACUGCCUAAAGAGCGGAUCACACCAUCUAGACCAUUUUCAAGAUGUGGAAUAGACUUUUGCGGACCAAUCAACGUCUAUUUGCGCAUCCGGGGUAAGCCGCCUACCAAGGCCUACCUAGCCGUCUUCGUUUGCUUUGCCACGAAGGCGAUACAUGUCGAAGUGGUAUCGGAUCUCACGACGGAUAGCUUCAUUGCAUCACUAAAGCGUUUUAUUGCCCGACGCGGACUUCCCUCGGACAUAUUCUGUGACAACGCUACAAAUUUCGUAGGAGCUAACAACAAGCUCGAAUCGUUGAAGCAGUUUCUGUUUAAAGACGAAACAACAAGAACAAUCCACUAUUUCUGUCGCUCAGAGUUCAUUAACUUCCACUUUAUUCCACCCAGGGCUCCACACUUCGGGGGCAUAUGGGAAGCUGCAGUAAAAAGUGUCAAGGGACUACUCAAUCGCACUCUUCGAGACACCAGGUUAACCUUCGAGGAGUUAGCCACUGCAGCUGCUGACGUCGAGGCGAUCCUGAACUCUCGCCCGUUAACGCCGCUCUCAUCAGACCCAAACGACCUGGCCGCUCUCACGCCUGGCCACUUCUUAGUGGGUGACGCACUCCGAGCACUACCGGAACUUCCACCAAUCGACGACAACCUGGACAAGUUGGAUCGAUGGAAAAGGGUCAGCGCACUCAAACAUCACAUCUGGAGUCACUGGAGCCACGAGUACAUCAACGAGCUCCAAGUUCGCACAACCUGGACGAAGACUUCACCAAAUUUGGCUGUCAACGACAUGGUCAUCGUUCACGAGGAUAAUCUUCCCCCACAACGGUGGCUUCUUGGGCGCAUAGUCAGCACGAUUGCAGGAGCGGACAACAUCCGAACGACAGACCGCAUUCUUGCCCACAAGUCGUGGAGCGAAGAGACCGCCUCUCCUAUCCCGCUCCCUACGCCGCGCCAAACGACCAUUCCGGGUAAUUGUAACACCUCAAUAACAAGUGCAGUGACCAGCAACUGUCACUGCUACCACAACAACAACUUCGUCAGCGGACCAACUGAUUAUCGCUGUGCCAGCUGUAAAAAAUUCAGCAACACCGACCAUUGCACUGGUUCAAUAACUCUAGCCGCAGUCUUCUGCCAACCACGCUUUCUAAUCUCCGAGGAUCAAUUCAUGGAACUCUUUAACACACUAGGUGACAGAUUCAUCGCAGCGGGUGACUAUAACGCCAAGCACACCCAUUGGGGAUCUCGACUUGUGACGCCAAAGAAUAGGCAGUUGUUCAAUGCGCUUAUGAAGCCGAAAAACAAGCUAGACUAUGUUUACCCGUGA